CAUCUUGCACUGGUCUCAGUAAUCCGGCCCCAGGUAGCCAAUCUCCUGUGGAACCGUAGGAAAAUAAACAAGCUCCAGCCAUGUCUUCGGAUGCCGGGAUGGCCGACUUUGGCCCCGCAGCCCCUUACCUGCGCAUGUCUGAGAAGCAGAGGAUCGAGGCGCAGAACCGGCCUUUCGACAUGAAGAAGGACGUGUUUGUGCCGGACGAGAAGCUGGAGUUCGUCAAGGCCAAGAUCACGUCCAGGGAGGGUGGCAAAGUCACCGCGGACACAGAGCACGGCAAGACGGUGACGGUGAAGGAAGACCAGAUCAUGCAACAGAACCCGCCCAAGUUCGACAAGAUCGAGGACAUGGCCAUGUUGACCUUCCUGCACGAACCUGCCGUCCUCUACAAUCUGAAGGAGCGCUACGCCGCCUGGAUGAUCUAUACCUAUUCCGGGCUCUUUUGCGUGACUGUCAACCCCUACAAGUGGUUGCCGGUCUACAACCCGGAAGUAGUGGCUGCCUACCGGGGGAAGAAGCGAAGCGAAUCCCCUCCCCACAUCUUCUCCAUCUCUGACAAUGCCUAUCAGAAUAUGCUGACAGAUCGUGAGAACCAGUCUAUCCUGAUCACCGGAGAAUCCGGAGCAGGGAAGACGGUCAACACCAAGCGUGUCAUCCAGUACUUCGCGGUGAUCGCUGCCAUCGGCGACCGUAGCAAGAAGGAGCAAGCCGCGGCUACUGGCAAGGGGACUCUGGAAGAUCAAAUCAUCCAGGCAAACCCUGCGCUGGAGGCCUUCGGGAAUGCCAAGACAGUCCGGAACGACAACUCGUCCCGAUUUGGCAAAUUUAUCCGGAUCCAUUUUGGUGCGACGGGGAAGCUGGCCUCAGCCGACAUAGAGACCUACCUCCUGGAAAAGUCCCGGGUCAUCAAUCAGCUGAAAGCUGAGAGGAACUACCACAUCUACUACCAGAUCUUGUCCAACAAGAAGCCGGAGCUCCUGGACAUGAUGCUGGUAACCAAUAACCCGUACGACUACGCCUUCAUCUCCCAAGGAGAGACCACGGUGCCGUCCAUCGAUGAUGCUGAGGAGCUGCUGGCCACUGACAGCGCCUUUGACGUCUUAGGCUUCACCCAGGAAGAGAAGAACUCCAUCUACAAACUGACGGGCGCCAUCAUGCACUACGGAAACAUGAAGUUCAAGCAGAAGCAGCGCGAGGAACAGGCAGAGCCCGACGGCACAGAAGAAGCCGACAAGUCUGCCUACCUGAUGGGCCUGAACUCGGCCGACCUGCUCAAGGGUCUCUGCCACCCGAGGGUCAAAGUUGGGAAUGAGUACGUCACCAAAGGGCAAAAUGUCCAGCAGGUGUACUACUCAACUGGAGCCCUGGCCAAGUCUGUAUAUGAGAAAAUGUUCAACUGGAUGGUGACCAGAAUCAAUGUCACACUGGAAACCAAGCUUCCGCGCCAGUAUUUCAUCGGGGUGCUUGACAUUGCUGGUUUUGAGAUCUUCGAUUUCAACAGCUUUGAGCAGCUGUGCAUCAACUUCACCAACGAGAAGCUGCAGCAGUUCUUCAACCACCACAUGUUUGUGCUGGAGCAGGAAGAGUACAAGAAAGAAGGGAUCGAGUGGGUCUUCAUCGACUUCGGCAUGGACCUCCAGGCCUGCAUCGACCUCAUUGAGAAGCCCAUGGGCAUCAUGUCCAUCCUGGAGGAGGAGUGCAUGUUCCCCAAGGCCUCUGACAUGACCUUCAAGGCCAAGCUGUACGACAACCACCUGGGCAAGUCGGCCAACUUUGGGAAGCCGCGCAACAUCAAGGGCAAGCCGGAGGCCCAUUUCUCCCUCAUGCACUACGCCGGCACCGUCGACUACAACAUCAACCACUGGCUGCAGAAGAACAAGGACCCCCUCAACGAGACAGUGGUGGGGCUCUACCAGAAGUCGUCCCUCAAGCUCCUGGCUCUUCUCUUCGCCAACUACACCGGAUCGGACGCACCUCCCGAUUCCAAGGGGAAAACGACCCACAAAAAGAAGGGUUCUUCCUUCCAGACUGUGUCUGCUCUGCACCGGGAGAACCUCAACAAGCUGAUGACCAACCUGCGCUGCACCCAUCCUCACUUUGUGCGCUGCAUCAUCCCCAACGAGACCAAGUCUCCAGGUGUGAUGGACAACCCUUUGGUCAUGCACCAGCUGCGCUGUAAUGGGGUACUGGAGGGGAUUCGGAUCUGCCGGAAGGGGUUCCCCAACCGGAUCCUCUACGGGGACUUUCGGCAAAGAUACCGCAUCCUGAACCCAGCCGCCAUCCCUGAAGGCCAGUUCAUCGACAGCAGGAAAGGGGCGGAGAAACUGUUGACCUCCCUCGAUAUCGACCACAACCAGUACAAAUUUGGGCACACUAAGGUGUUCUUCAAGGCUGGUCUCCUGGGUCAGCUGGAGGAGAUGAGGGACGAGCGUCUCUCCCGCAUCAUCACCCGAAUCCAGGCCCAGUCCCGCGGAGUCCUUGCCAGGAUAGAAGUCAGGAAGAUCAUGGAAAGGAAGGAAUCGCUGCUGGUGAUCCAGUAUAACAUCCGGUCCUUCAUGGUGGUCAAGAACUGGCCUUGGAUGAGGCUCUACUUCAAGAUCAAGCCUCUGCUGAAGAGUGCAGAGACCGAGAAGGAGAUGUUGGCCAUGAAAGAGGAGUUUGCCAAGCUGAAGGAGGCUCUGGAGAAGUCGGAGGCCCGGAGGAAGGAGCUGGAGGAGAAGAUGGUCUCCCUGCUCCAGGAGAAGAACGACCUCCACCUGCAAGUGCAGGCUGAGCAAGACAACCUUGCAGACGCGGAAGAGCGCUGUGACCAGCUGAUCAAGAACAAGAUCCAGCUGGAAGCCAAGGUGAAGGAGCAGACGGAGAGGCUUGAGGACGAGGAGGAGAUGAACGCCGAGCUGACAGCCAAGAAACGGAAGCUGGAGGACGAGUGUUCGGAGCUCAAGAAGGACAUUGACGACCUGGAGCUGACCCUGGCGAAAGUGGAGAAGGAGAAGCAUGCCACGGAAAACAAGGCUAAGAACCUCACAGAGGAGAUGGCUGGCCUGGAUGAGAUCAUCGUGAAGCUAACCAAGGAGAAGAAAGCUCUCCAGGAGGCACACCAGCAAGCCUUGGAUGACCUACAAGCUGAGGAAGACAAGGUCAACACCCUUACGAAAGCAAAGGUCAAGUUGGAACAGCAAGUGGACGAUCUGGAGGGCUCGCUGGAGCAAGAGAAGAAGAUCCGGAUGGACCUGGAACGAGCCAAGAGGAAGCUGGAAGGGGACUUGAAGCUGACCCAAGAAAGCAUCAUGGACCUGGAGAACGACAAGCAGCAGUUGGACGAGAAGCUGAAGAAGAAAGACUUUGAGCUCAACGCACUCAAUGCUAGAAUUGAAGAUGAGCAAUCCUUGGCCAUUCAGCUGCAGAAGAAACUCAAAGAGUUACAGGCACGGAUCGAGGAGCUGGAAGAGGAGCUGGAGGCGGAGCGCACAGCCCGGGCCAAGGUGGAGAAGCAGCGCUCCGACCUCUCGCGGGAGCUGGAGGAGAUCAGCGAGCGGCUGGAGGAGGCCGGCGGGGCCACCUCUGUGCAGAUCGAGCUGAACAAGAAGCGGGAGGCGGAAUUCCAGAAGAUGCGCCGCGACCUGGAGGAGGCCACUCUGCAGCACGAGGCCACGGCGGCCACGCUCCGCAAGAAGCACGCCGACUCGGCGGCGGAGCUGGGGGAGCAGAUCGACAACCUGCAGCGCGUGAAGCAGAAGCUGGAGAAGGAGAAGAGCGAGUUGAAGCUGGAGCUGGACGACGUUGCCUCCAACAUGGAGCAGCUGCUGAAAGCCAAGGCCAACCUGGAGAAAAUGUGCCGCACCUUUGAAGACCAAAUGAACGAGCACCGGGCCAAGUCCGAGGAGAGUCAGCGAAUGGUCCACGACCUCACCUCUCAGCGAGCUAAGCUCCAGACUGAGAAUGGUGAAUUAUCCCGCCAGAUGGACGAGAAGGACGCUUUGAUCAACCAGCUGACGCGAGGGAAGCUGACGUACACCCAGCAACUGGAAGAUCUGAAGAGGCAACUGGAAGAAGAAGCUAAGGCCAAGAAUGCGCUGGCGCAUGCGCUGCAGUCGGCCCGCCAUGACUGCGACCUCAUGAGGGAGCAGUAUGAGGAAGAAACAGAGGCCAAAGCGGAGCUCCAGCGCUCACUGUCGAAGGCCAACUCUGAGGUGGCGCAGUGGAGGACCAAGUACGAGACCGACGCCAUCCAGAGGACGGAGGAGCUGGAGGAGGCCAAGAAGAAGCUGGCGCAGCGCCUGCAGGACGCCGAAGAGGCGGUGGAGGCCGUGAACGCCAAGUGCUCCUCCCUGGAGAAGACCAAGCACCGCCUGCAGAACGAGAUCGAAGACCUCAUGGUGGACGUGGAGCGCUCCAACGCGGCCGCAGCUGCCCUGGACAAGAAGCAGAGGAACUUUGACAAACUCCUGUCAGAGUGGAAGCAGAAGUACGAGGAGUCCCAGACGGAGCUGGAGUCGUCGCAGAAGGAGGCCCGUUCUCUCAGCACCGAGCUCUUCAAGCUGAAGAACGCCUACGAGGAGUCUCUGGAGCACCUGGAGACCUUCAAGAGGGAGAACAAGAACUUGCAAGAGGAGAUUUCCGACCUCACGGAGCAGCUUGGAUCCAGCGGCAAGACCAUCCACGAGCUCGAGAAAGUGCGGAAGCAACUUGACGCAGAGAAAAUGGAGUUGCAGGCGGCUCUGGAGGAGGCUGAGGCUUCUCUGGAGCAUGAGGAAGGCAAGAUCCUGCGGGCCCAGCUGGAGUUCAACCAGAUCAAGGCCGACAUCGAGCGCAAGCUGGCCGAGAAGGAUGAGGAGAUGGAGCAAGCCAAGCGCAACCACUUGAGGAUGGUGGACUCGCUCCAGGCCUCCCUCGACGCCGAGACCCGCAGCCGCAACGAGGCGCUGAGGGUCAAGAAGAAGAUGGAGGGCGACCUCAACGAGAUGGAGAUCCAGCUCAGUCACGCCAACCGCAUCGCAGCCGAGGCGCAGAAGCAAGUCAAAACCUUGCAGGGAUACCUCAAGGACACCCAGAUACAGUUGGACGAUGCCGUCCGAGCCAACGAGGACCUGAAAGAGAACAUCGCCAUUGUGGAGCGGAGGAACAACCUGCUGCAGGCGGAGCUGGAGGAGCUGCGUGCCGUGGUGGAGCAGACGGAGCGGGCCCGGAAGCUGGCGGAGCAGGAGCUGAUAGAAACCAGCGAGAGGGUCCAGCUCCUCCACACACAAAACACCAGCCUCAUCAACCAGAAAAAGAAGAUGGAGUCCGACCUGUCCCAGCUGCAGACGGAAGUGGAGGAGGCCAUCCAGGAAUGCCGGAAUGCCGAGGAGAAAGCCAAGAAAGCCAUCACGGAUGCGGCCAUGAUGGCGGAGGAGCUGAAGAAGGAGCAGGACACCAGCGCUCACCUGGAGAGGAUGAAGAAGAACAUGGAGCAGACCAUCAAGGACCUGCAGCUGCGGCUGGACGAGGCGGAGCAGCUGGCCCUGAAGGGCGGCAAGAAGCAGCUGCAGAAGCUGGAGGCCCGAGUGCGGGAGCUGGAGAACGAGCUGGAGAUGGAGCAGAAGCGCAACGCCGAGAACGUCAAGGGCAUGCGCAAGUGCGAGAGGCGCAUCAAGGAGCUCACCUACCAGACGGAGGAGGACCGGAAAAACCUCGUCCGUCUCCAAGAUCUGGUGGAUAAACUCCAGUUGAAAGUCAAGGCUUACAAGAGGCAGGCUGAGGAAGCGGAGGAACAGGCCAACAGCAACCUGGCCAAAUUCCGGAAGGUUCAGCACGAGCUGGAUGAGGCCGAGGAGCGGGCGGACAUCGCCGAGUCCCAAGUCAACAAGCUGAGGGCCAAGAGCCGUGAUAUCGGGGCAAAGGUGAGAAACCCUCUGAAAGGUCUGAACGAGGAGUAACUCCUUUUGAAGAUCAGACGCCCCCCCAUCCUCGAAUCACACGUGUACCCCCAGAUCCACACCUGAAAGGCAGUGGAGGACGCUCCCCCACCCCCCGCUCUGUAUAUCAGCACGGCCCCCGAAAUGUAGAAUAAAGGCUAUCAAACAGC